CAGGAAACGAAUGAGUGCUGGAUUUUGUUAAAUGCAUCCAAAAAUACCGAGGUUGGAACCAAAUCGUUUAUAAAACCAUAAUAACAACAAAGGGAACUCUUUCUGAAAGCAGGAGACCGCACGAGACUGUGGCCAUUAUCAAAUUGGGGAUGUGGGUGAAUCUGAGAUCGGCCCUCUGGUCUCUGGUUCUUCUGAGCCGGAUCAGUGAGGGAUCCGGUUUAGGAGCAGCUGUGAAUAUUGAGCCGCUUGAUCAGGCUGGAUCAGAGCAGGUGAGUGCUCAUUAUAGUGUGCUUUCCAGCUUGCCCUGUCCUGCUCUGGAUCAGGUUUGUAAUGAGGUGACCUGCAUGGCUCAGAUCUCCUCCACUCCUCUCAGAGGACUGUUCCCUUCACCAGGCUGGUGCCUCCUUCAGUGGGAGACAAACAUCUCCAGCAGCUACACCUCCACACUGCAGCUCGGAUCUGACAGUGUGACUCUGUACACACAAGCCGAUCUCUCCAUCAGAGCGGACACACAGCGCAUUAACCACCCUCCACACGCUGCACUCCCUCCACCAAUCAGAGUGCGUGCCGGAUGUCAUCAGGAAAUCCCUGUGUAUGUGAUGGAUUUAGAUGGAGAUGUCGUUCGCUGUCGUUAUGGGAGGAUGGAGCUCACUCAAUUUCUGCAGCUUAAUAAAGAGACAUGUACACUGGUGUAUGAAGGUGGAGCAGCUGUGGGUCAGUAUACAGUGGAGAUCUUGGUGGAGGAUUUUCCUCAGAUGGAGCAGAUGCCGUUCUCCACUGUUCCUCUGCAGCUCUCAAUAAUCGUUGAAAGUGGAUCAGGUUGCCCUGCAGUGCCAGAGUUCACUGGUGUGAGUCCAAUAGGUGGUGAUGUAGUCCGUGUGCUGCCCUUUGAGGAGAUCAAAGUCAAUAUUACAGCUCACUCAACAGAACAGAUAGUGUCUGAAAUCGCUGUGAUUGGUCCAGAAGGUCUCUUCAUAUCACCCAUGGAAACGGGUGCAAACUCUCAGAUGUCUGUCAGUCUGUCGUGGGUCAGAGGUCCUGAUCAGUCAUCUCGUCUCAUCUCCAUUUGUUUUACUGCAAACACUCAGAGUCUGCAGUCUGAGGUCCGGUGUAUGUGGCUGCAACUUAUGCAAACAAACCCUUUGCCCCCUGGAACAGAGUUGAGGUGUUUGGAGCAUGAGCUGCAGAUGUCUGUAGUUCUGCCCCUGUCUUUCCUGGAGAAUGUGCCUUUGCCUGACCUGCAGCUGAACGACCCCUCAUGCCCAGUAUUUCACAACAAAACACACAUCACCAGCACAUUCUCACUGAACGCCUGUGGCACCAAGAGACUUCAUUUGGGAUCAGAACUGCUGUACACUAACACUUUACGCAGCGUCAAUCCAAACUUCACCAUCAGCCGUAUGGCAUCUCUAGUUCUUCCACUAGCCUGCAGGAUUCCCGGUCAACAGGCCAAAGGUCCGAGCUUUAGGAUCUCUAUACCCUCAGAAGUGGAGAUUUUUGGUGCUGUGAGCUUCUGGAUUGAAUUUCAUCGUCCUGGAGAAGGCCCGUUGGCUGCUGAGACGCGCCUGUCUCGGUUACGCUCAUCUCAACCGGUGCGUGCGGCACGAGCGCUCACUCGCGCUAGCAGGAUCGACACGUUGGACCUGCAUGUGUUUUCUAACUGCUCAUUGGCUCGUGUGGAGCUCAUGGUCGGGCGCUGCGUUGAGUCACAAACACAAGACUUCAUGGAGACACAACCUCUGCUGAACCAGGGGUGUUUAUCUAGCAAUGGCACUACAGAGAUCCUGACAUCAACAUCAACUGUUCGGAUUUACCGCUUAUCUCUGGGUUCUCUUAAUUUAAAGGGAGACAGAAUGUAUGUUGAGUGUGAGGUGCAUCUGUGUGUGACCUCUAAACAAAGCCAGCAAUGUUCAGACCCUUGUGCAGGACAGUCUGACCAGACGAUAAUAGACAGCAUCAUGACUCACACUUAUAGUGUGCGCUCAGGGCCGGUGAUGCUCAUUAACAAAGCCACUCAAACCAGCACUACCACUGUUAAAUCAACACAAAACGCUAAACCUGUCACUCAGCCCGCCACCAGCCAGUUAAUAGCCACCACUGCCUCUCGAGCUCCGGACAGAACUGCAUUGUGGGUUGAUGCUUUGAUAUUGGCUGUGUUCAUACUCGCAUCAUGUGCUCUUCUACAGUGAAAAUUAUGCCAAACACAGCUGGAGGACACUUCAGCACUGACAGAUCACAAUCAUAAUAUCUUUUUUCUUUUUCUUUACCAUUCUGUUUUAGAGACAAUCCCUAACCAUUUUGUUCCAGGAGAUACAGCACACCUUACUUUUGAUUAUAAACAUGAACAUUGAUAUAAGUUUGUUUUUCCGCACUCUACACAAUCUUUUAUAGUAGCAUUUUAUCUGGAAAGAUUGCCAUCUAUAUGUCAGUGGGGGUACUAUUCUUUUACAGUGUAUAUAUACAGUAAACCCGUCAUUUUCAGUAAAAAAAAAAAAAUAUGAUAAUUAAAAUACAAAUUGUAUAUGUUUGAAACAAAUACAGAACAUCUGAUGUUUAUAUCAUCGAAAAAUUCCAUUGACUUCCACUGAAGAGGUCCCCACAUUUACACUGACAUCCAAAAGUAUAGAAUAAUGUAGAGAUUUAGCUGUUUCGGAAGGUAAUUGGUACUUUAAUUCCCCAAAGUGGAAUUCAGCUGAUCACAAAUAUAGUCAAGACAUUACUGAUGUAAAAAAUCAGCCCCAUCACUAAAAAUAAAUAAUUUUUGUUCCAGGGGCAAAAAUGUCAUCCAAAUGUUGGGGGGGGGGACAAUAAACAUAACAAUUCUCAAGAGGAAUUUUUGAAGGGGACACCAAUAAUACAGGCAAAAUUGUACUUGCAAGGAC